CACUUUAAAUAGAAAUGUUUUAGAAAGAAGACACGAAAGACAAGUCACAAGAUUUCUUCGUGUACGGAGUGUUCGCUAUUUUAAAAUAGUGCAUUGAUUUAUAAACUUCUAUCCGAACUUGCGAAAUACAAUUAAACAAUAAAGAUGUCAUUUGAGCCAGUUUUGGAUCCUCCAAUUCCUUAUGUGGGAGCUGUUGAAGGCGGCUUAAUACCUGGAAAGAUGGUAAAAAUUCGAGGCAAAGUUCCUCCUGGUGCUGUACGUUUUGCUGUAAAUUAUCAAUUGGGACCUACAUUAAAUCCAAGAGAUGAUAUUGCCAUUCAUGUUUCACCACGUUUCACAGAAGGAUUUAUUACUAGAAAUCACAUAGUAUCAAUGACUUGGGGCCCAGAGGAAAAUGAUGGCCCCAUGUGGAUACAACCUGGCCAAGAAUUCGAGAUGUUCCUUUUGUGUGAUUUUCCAUGUUAUAAGAUUGCCAUAAAUGGCAGACAUUUUGCAGAAUUCGUUCAUAGGCUACCAUAUGAGAAAGUGACACAUUUGGUUAUUGAUGGAGACGUAGAAGUACAAUCUAUCACAUAUGAGACCGUUCCAAUUGAUCCACCUCGCUCUCCUCGAGCUGUACCCACGCCAGAUGUACCUGCUGCUAAUUUUGGGCCACCACCACCUGGAGGAUUAUAUCCUACAAUUGGUCCACAAACACCACAAGGUGGAUAUGGUCCACCACCUCCAGCUCCUGGGUAUGGACCUCCUCCUGGUGUAUAUGGAGGACCUGGUUAUAAUCCUCCAAGAGCAUAUGGAUAUCAGCCUGGAUAUGAGAAGCCUGAAGAAGAAGAAGCAUUUAGUGGUUGUUUGGAUAAAGUUGGAUUAGCAAUAGGGGGACUAGUUGCAGCAGGAGGCAUAGCAGCUGCUGCACACGCUAUGAGUAAAAAGAAAGAAGUUCAAGAUGAUCAGGAAAAAUCUGAUGCUUCUAAAUCAAAAACAGAAAGUGAAGGUGGUUUGGGAAAUCUUGGUUCUUUGGGUGCAGCUUUAGCAAGCAGUUUAGUGACCAAUGCUUUAAGUAACUCACAAGCACAACAAGGCUACCCUACCAACAUCCAACAAUCAAGUGGUGGUGGUGGUGGUGUAUUAGACUCCAUUCUUGGAGCAUUAGGUGGUAAUAGUGGGCAUAAUGCAGCACCACCACCCCCUCCAAGUCAACCAAGUAAUCCAUUGACAGGAGCCUUAGGAUCUAUUCUUGGUGGUGUUCUUGGAGGUGGUGGAAAUCAACAACCAAAUUACCAACCUUCAGGAGGUUACGGAAAUUACCAACCUUCUGGUGGAUAUUCUAAUCAAUCAUCAAAUUCAGAUCUCUUAUCUGGAAUAGGAUCAGCCUUUCUUAGUUCUGCUUUAGGAGGUCUUACUAAACACGAUAAAGAUAAAUCUCACGAAGAAAAUCGUCCAACUCCUCCACCAGCUUAUACACCAACUUCUGCACCGCCUGCACAACCUCCUGUAUCUUCUGAUAGUCCUGUUUCCGGAAAUAAAUUAACAGCAGAUGAAAUUUCAAAAGGCUUAGGUUUGGAUGACUAAUGUAAGUUGAGAUAAAAAUUCAUAUAAAAAAUUAUGUGUAAUGAAAGUUUUAUGCUCUGUUAUUGAUAAAUGCAAAUAUAUGCACAAUGUGAUUGUGUAUUAAAGAUAUUUAACAUGAAAGGCAGCUAAUUAUAUAUAUAUUUAUAUAUUUUUUUGACACGGGAUAUUUCAAUAAAAAGCACCACGACUAUAAUA